AUGACGGGCAUGGCGGCGACCGCAGCCCACGCCCACUACCUCUCUCCCUUCGCUUCCUUGUUCGACGACCUCGGCGGCCACCCCAACCGCUCACAGCCGCCGCCGCCAGCACCAGCAGCCUCCCUCUGGCCCUCGAUCCAGCCCCACUGCACCGGUCACCCCCAACACGCAGGUGACGCAGCCGCCGCCGGCAACGACGCCGCGGCCGGUAGUAAAGACGACAAGCCCCCCGCGCCGGCGGCGAGGCCCAAGAGCGAGCGCGAGCCGCGGUUCGCGUUCAUGACGCGGAGCGAGGUGGACCAUCUGGAGGACGGCUACCGGUGGCGCAAGUACGGCCAGAAGGCCGUCAAGAACAGCCCGUUCCCCAGGAGCUACUACCGGUGCACGAGCGCGGUGUGCGGGGUGAGGAAGCGGGUGGAGCGCGCGGCGGACGACCCGGGCGUCGUCGUCACCACCUACGUGGGCAAGCACGCGCACCCCUGCCCUGCGCCGGUGACAAGGGCACCUGCCGCCGCCGCCGCCGCCGCCAGUGGUACAAGGCAGGUGGUACGCCGGGAUGACGCAGCAGGUGGCUGCGGUCAAGGUGGAGCUGUGGACUGGUUAGCUUAG